ACAACCAAGAAGUCAUGCAGUUCACUACGAACCACUAAGGAAGUCGAACCUCAAGUGCUCCCAGCCCCACCACAACCGCUCAACCUAGCCCAGAAAUGCGUGGAUUUAUUGUCCUGUGUCUUUCCGCCGUCGCGCUGGCCGCGCCCCAGGGCUACAACUACAAUCCUGGCCCGUCCGGCUUCGGUGGCAUCAGCACGACUAGUGGGGGCGCCUCCUUUUUCCAGGGAGCCGCUCAGGCUGCCCCGGUGCAGCCGCAAGCCAUCUACCAGCAACCAGCCGUGCAGACCCACCACCAUCAGCAUCAGGUGCAACAGGCCCAGCAGGUGCAGCAGCAGCAAGCCAUCGUCUCCAAGCGCUUCUUUAUCCACUCCGCCCCGGAGGAGGCCGAGGACUACAAGGAGCGUCACAUCACCGUCGGCGUCCCCAAGCGCAACUACAACGUGGUGUUCAUCAAGUCGCCCCAGCGCAACAAUAGGAAGACCAUCAAGAUCAGUCCCGCCGCCAACGAGGAGAAGACCGUCAUCUACGUGCUGAGCAAGAAGGGCGAAAGCGAUUUGAACGCUGAAGUUGUGGAGCAGGCCAGCUCCACCAGUAAGCCGGAGGUCUUCUUCAUUAAGUACAAGACCAACGAGGAGGCCGCCCACGCCCAGCAGCAGAUCCAGGCCCAGUACGAUGCCCUGGGUGGCAGCAGCCAGCUGACCGAUGAGGGAGUAGCCCCCGUUACCUCCGUGAUUGGAGCACUUGGAGGCAGCGACGGGCACGUCGAUGCGGGAUCCGCUGUGGGCGGUACUGGAGCAGCCCAGAUCAUCUCCACCGGAUCCGCCGGAUCGCACACGGGCAACGCAUACCUGCCACCCAAUUUUUAACUAUUGAGCAUUAUUCCCCAAAAAUAACUUCACAAUCCUCUGUGAAAAUUGUUGUUAAUAAUAAACUUAUACUGCUGUUGAACUUAA